AUGGAGAGAUGCAGCGAGAUUAUGAAAACCACAGAAGCCGUGCAACCAUCCACGCCUUCCGUUACUUUUUCACGCGUUCCUAACCGCGAAUUGAAGGCCAAAUGGAAGGGUGCUCCAGUUAGAGAAGGGAUCGUGCAAAAUUUGGAUUUGCCGUUAGCAAGUUAUAUUCAGAACAUAUUUGGAGCCAUGACUUGUAUGCUGGCAGAAAUCUCCUCACGAUAUACGUUGAUCGUAGGAUCCGUGGCUGUAACCGAACUGGACACGAGGAUAUUAUGUUCGGUUCUAAACAUGUUCAUCGUAUUGGCGCGUGAUUCUGCGACCAGAGAGUACUUUUUGGAUUCGAGAAUGGCUUGCUUCGCAGCCCCAAUGCUGAUUUUGACGUACGGAAGAAAUGAAAUGCUGAAUCAGAUUGUCGCGAGAACAGUGGGAUUGAUGUACGCAAUUAGUCAGAUGGGAAUUCGCGGCGGUCAUUAUCUGCUGUCCAUGGACUUGGAAAAUAACUUGCAUCGUAUUCAUGCUCAAGCGGAGGGGAGCAGCAGUCGGACGCAGAUGGAAACCGCCAGAAUUUUGAGCAUGAUGCAGAAAGCUGCUGAAUAUUGUCAAAUGGGGGAACUACCCGGAUUUGCCCCGAUUGAGUCGUUGGAAUAUUUAAAUCCUGGACCAUUCUUGCCGUAUCCGUCCUACCCGCUGUUGCAAGUAUUCCAGGAGCCAGCGAAUGUGAAAAGCACCGAAGUGAUCUUCCAUUAUUUGCAUCAUGGACCAUAUUUGAUAGUUCCCCCUCGUGAAGGCUCGUCCCCGGAGGAUUUGAAAAAUCUUGCCGAGCCUGCAAUAUCUUCGGCGCCAUUGACGUACGCAGAGAUUUUGGCGAAAGGAUUGACUGAAGACCCUUUUGUCAGCCGUGAAAUAGAUGAUAUCAUUCCUCAAUCGCGUCAAACUUCGCCCCCUGUGCAUUUCGAUGUUUAUAAGAAGUCGCCCACGUCAGUGCCUGUGAUCGAAGAAAUGAUGAACCCCGAGUUCACGAUGCGCCAGCCAGCAUCGAUAGUACGGGAAUCCUAUGUUGAACCUACGACGGGAACGAGUACGAAUGAGGAACUCGUGCCAAAAAAUCAAAUGGAGAACUGCAAGCAGCAGGGGUUUGCGGGGGAAAAGCUUUUGAGUUAUGGAGGUUCGAGUUAUCAAGGUUCAACCAAAAUUGUAGGCGGCGUCAACCAAAUUUUCGUUGGUCUGCAAACGAAAGGAAUCGAAAAACCAGUUUUACUACCGCUUUACCGACUUUUAGUACAGCUUCCCGGGACACUACCUCCGGCGGACCUUUAG